GGAACGGGCGGCUGUUGUCCUUGUUUCUCCCUCGCCCGGGCAGGGUUGGGGGACGGACUGGUUCCUCUGCCGGCGGGAGGCGGUGUCGGUGGCUGCUGCUAUGGCGGCUGUGGUGAUAGCGCGGCCGCUCUUCCGCGGAUGUCUCCGCCUGGGGAGGCUGCGGGUGCUUAGAAAACCCCUUUGCAGGGGGGUUAUAUUUUCAACCGGGUCCUUUUUGGCUUAUGGAGCUCACAAGCUGAUUUCUGGCUUUGCUGAGGUUCAUGCAAGCUUCAAAGUGGACGAAGUCAUAGAGCAAGCAGACUACCUGUAUGGGAGUGGAGAAACUGAAAAGCUGCAUCAGUUGCUGGUUCAGCAUAAAAAUAGUGAUGAUGCAGAGUUGUUAUGGCGGCUGGCACGGGCAUCGCGAGAUUUAGCUCAGCUUAGUACUACUUCUGCAGAGGAGAAAAGACAGCUGGCAUAUGAAGCUCUUGAGUAUGCAAAAAAGGCACUUGAAAAAAAUGAAUCAAAUUUUGCAGCACACAAGUGGUAUGCAAUUUGCCUCAGUGAUGUUGGAGAUUUUGAGGGAAUCAAGACUAAGAUUGGAAAUGCCAUUGUUAUCAAAGAGCACUUCCAGAGAGCUGUUGAACUGAAUCCAAAAGAUGCUACAACAAUUCAUCUCAUAGGCAUUUGGUGUUACACUUUUGCUGAAAUGCCAUGGUACCAACGAAAAAUAGCUGCAACGCUAUUUGCCACACCACCAACCUCCACAUUUCAAGAGGCUCUUCGUUACUUCCACAUGGCAGAGGAAGCUGACCCAAAUUUCUACAGCAAAAAUUUGCUCUUUUUGGGGAAGACAUACUUGAAGUUAAACAAUAAAAAGAUGGCUCUUCUGUGGUUAAGCAAAGCAAAGGAGUAUCCUGCACAUACAGAAGAGGACAAACAGGUACAGAAAGAAGCAUUGGAGUUACUUAAUUCUAUAUAACAAGAAACAAGAUAAUGGGAAUUCAGUGCCUCAGGUUUGAGCAGCAUAGGAAAAAGAUGCUAAAAACAACUUUGGUUUAUUGAAGCUGUUAAUAAAAGCAUAGCCUAAACUUGCCAUCUCGGUCUCAUUUCAUUUAAGCUGUUAACUAGAAGAUCUGUUUCAUUAUAUGAUCAUGUCUUCAUUUUCAUGGGAAUAAAGGGCUUUGUGGAAAAGCAGGGUAUGUCUUGGAUGGGAAAGGGGGGGACAGUGGUUGCACAGGCUUUUAACUAUUUUUUAUGCUCUUCAGUUAGAAGUUAUGUAUGCGGAAUAAUAAGAAACAUGACUAGCAUAACUUUAAAGAAAGGAGAUACAGGGCCAGGACACAAUUAUAAACCUGCACUUUUUUUCUGGAGCUUUUUCCUGUCGGGUUCAAUGGCCUCCUAGAGCAAUAGAUGUUCAUGUUAUUAGAUGUUCCUACAGAUUUCUCAUUAAGUCUGUACAAGCAUCUUAAUUCCAAUACACUUAAAUGCUGGUGUCUGAUUUUGAAAAGAGUGCUGUAGUUUAAAAAAGUUAAAUAGGGAACACCUAAGCGUGUCCUUUUAUGGGUGAUGCCACCAUCUGCAGGGAGAAACUUGCUGUGGAAUAUGAACUUACUUGUAUGUCGAGAGGCUGUGAAUUCUGAGGAGUUAGUGGCUGCACAACAUUUGCUAGAUAUAUGCACUCCUUACCUGAGACUGUGAUGAGAGGAGGAAUGCACGCUCCUGGUACAUUAGAAGGGAACUACAACUUGGAAGCACAGAGACUUCUUUUUAUAGAGAUAAAGUAAAACUUCCAUCUUGUUCUUGCUGGUAUUUUAGCAGGAACUGUCACCAGAAAAAUAAAUUAUCCUAAGCUAGAGAUCCAGCACAGAAAAUAUUUACAGACUUUUGAAACAAUAUAUUCUGGUUACUCAACAGAAAAAAAAGGACCAAAUAAUGAAAAACUGGUAGGCAAAUAGGUAUGGCUAUUGCCAGUAGGAAGUCUAACAAUCUAGAACAAAUAGGCUAUAACUACCACCUGUUUGCUUUUUACAGAAAAGGAUAUUGCACUCUGGGAAGAAGAUGAGGGGUAUGAAGUUCUUAGACUAACCAUUCAAACCUGUGCUCAGGCAGUAAGGGUCAGAGAGGCAGUCUAGAGGUUUAAUUCUAGCCUCAUGUAGUGUCUCCAAGAGACUGAAUUUUCUGCGUUCAUGCACUACAAAAGCAUUGAUUGUUGAGAGUGUAAAGAACAGUAGCUGAGUUGCUUGCAAGAAGAAAGGAACAAACGGAUCCUCUGAAGGACGCAGCAGCUCCUUCAAGGGGUGGUUACCUCCACUGGUUCUUUCAGGUGAGUCCCAGCCUUUGUUGCCUUUCCUCUCAUUGUUCACUCCCUCCCUCCCCCCUCACUCCCAAGUACAGCUCAAUUGUGGGGAGCGCAAAUGGGAAAAGAGAAAGUUACAAUGCAGUAUUACUGAAAUUCCCAGAACGUCCAAGUUAGCUGUACCACAGACACACGUGUAUAUAAAUA